AUGGUGCUACGGUUGACUCAAAGAUUUGUUCCGAAGAUACCAACCGUUAAUAUUUACCAACAGUCUCGAUCUAUUAUUAUUAAUGCUGAUCUACAAAGAAAAUUAACUGAAUCAGUGGAGCACCCUGUUAUCGUUAUAGGAGGAGGACAUGCUGGAUGUGAGGCUGCUACAGGAUCAGCACGUUCCGGGACUUUCACUACUUUGGUUACUCCUAGCAUAGAUAAAAUAGGUACGGCCUCUUGUAAUCCAUCGAUGGGUGGUGUCGGAAAGGGAACUUUACUUCGAGAAAUUGAUGCGUUAGAUGGUGUUUCGGCCCGUAUUACCGACAAAGCAGGUAUUCAUUUCAAAAUAUUGAAUGCUUCCAAAGGUGCUGCUGUCCAUGGCCCGCGUGCUCAGAUUGAUAGAAAGAUUUAUUUAACUGAAAUGCAAAAAGAAAUCUUGAACUAUGAAAACUUGAAAGUGAUUGAAGCGCAAGUCGAAGACAUUAUUAUUGAGCCGCCAAGAGAUCAAAUCAUAGACACCUCCGGUAGAAAUUUUGGAAUAGUGAGAGGAGUUGUGUUGUCGGAUGGUCGUAUAUUAAAAUGUUCCAAGGUGGUUGUUACAACAGGUACUUUCUUGGGAGGUGAGAUUCAUAUAGGUCUUUCAUGCCACCCUGCAGGGCGUAUGGGCGAAGAAGCAACAUCUGGUUUAUCUAAGACUUUUCGUGAUGCAAGCUUCCGUUUAGGACGCUUGAAGACAGGUACACCACCAAGGCUUUCAUCAAAAACCAUAGAUUAUACAAAUUUGGCUCCUCAGCUUUCUGAUUAUCCACCACAGCCAAUGUCUUAUUUGAACGACGAAGUAGAUCUUCAAGAACAACUAAUGAAAUGUCAUAUGACUUCAACGACUCCUGAGUUACAUAAGCUUAUCGCUGACAAUUUAGAUAAGUCAAUACAUAUCAGAGAGACUGUCAAGGGUCCUCGGUAUUGCCCAUCCAUUGAAUCUAAAAUUAUAAAGUUUCCACAGAAGUCGACUCACUUAGUCUGGCUUGAGCCUGAAGGUUUGGAUACUGACUUGGUUUACCCGAAUGGUAUAUCGUGCACGAUGCCAGCUGAAAUACAAGAAACAAUGGUUAGAAUGAUGCCAGGCUGUGAAAAUGUUACAAUGUUACAACCAGGUUAUGGUGUUGAGUAUGAUUAUGUUGAUCCAAGAGAACUCAAAAUGACCUUGGAAACGAAAUUGGUCGACGGACUUUACCUUGCAGGACAGAUCAACGGUACGACGGGUUAUGAAGAGGCAGCAGCUCAAGGAUGUUUAGCAGGUAUUAAUGCUGGUUUGGCAUAUGCUAAAAAACCUUCCUUGGAUAUUCAUAGAUCUGAUGGAUACUUAGGAGUACUUGUUGAUGACUUAAUUACGAAAGGGGUUGAAGAGCCGUAUAGAAUGUUUACUUCACGAUCAGAGUUUAGAAUUUCCAUUAGAUCUGACAACGCUGAUAAAAGAUUACUUCAAAAGGGUUAUGAUGCAGGGGUUGUAAGUGAAAGUAGAUAUGAUCACUUCAAGAACGAAAUGAAGCAUUUUGAUUCUAUUAAGGAACAUUUAAAAUCCCUUUCAUUCUCUGGUGCGAAAUGGGCACCAGUAUUGAAAGGAUGUAAUCUGGAUAUGAAUAAAACUACAGUUGUUGAUGGUUGGAAAUUACUAUCUUAUAAAGAUGUGAGCCUUUCAGAUAUAAUACCUCAUUUGCAUAAGUUUUCUCCAAAUGGAGAAUUGCCAGAGUUAUAUAGCCACGUCAACAGAAGAUUAAUGGGACGCAUUAACGUUGAGAGUACUUACGAGCCUUGGAUGAAAAAAGAGGAAGCGCAUUUAAGAGCGUAUCAAGCUGAUGAGACCUUACUAUUACCUUUGAACUACAAUUAUACAAAUGAAGGAAAUUUGAAGAUUUCUUAUGAAGUAUGCCACUUGCUAAAUACUAUACAGCCUACAACUAUAGGUCAAGCCAGGCGUAUUCAAGGGGUUACUCCAGCUGCAAUAUUUGAAUUAUUUAAAUUAGUGAAGGGUAACCAAGCAGAGCUUGCAAUGCAACGAGAGCUAUCGUAA